AAAGAUGAGCGAAACAAGCUAAAGGAAGUGUCCCUAAUCGACUAGCAUAGCUUAAAGUAUCGUUAGCUCCCACGGGCCCCUCCAUUCAGAGCUUAGCUCUUUCUUUUUGACACUUUUGCUGACAAUAGCCUGCUAAUACUCGCUUAUUCUGUAGGGUGAACCUGUAAAACCCUCAGGAAAACAUUGCAAUGACAGGCCGUUUUUGUUUGAUAGUUAGGUCGAGAGGUUUAGUGACGCAUUAACGUCUUUUUGGUGACUGCACAUGAUUAAAAAUGCAUUUAUUCUGGGGGAAUUUCACCUGUAAUGACAAGUUGGUGAACAUUAGCUAAUAGCUUGUUUGUAUGCAUUCAAUCUUUGUAAAUUUUAGCAGUUUUAAUGCUACAAUAAUCGCACUGAUCUAAAUAAAACACAAUUCAUAAUUCAAUCUUUUAACGAGUUGGUCUUAAUACAUCAAAACGGUAUGAAAUUGAUUACAGAAUGGCCUCCUCAUAGGUUUGAGCGUAGUAUUGUAUAAAAAUGAAAAAAAUCAAUCAGACGCCUUUGAUUUUCGGAGGUGUUAUUUUAUUGUUCAUUUAAUCUCCUAACUGGUGAUACACUGCUGCACUGUUAGUGGUAGAAUUAGGAUUAUUUGUAGCUGCAUUUCUAUCUAAAAUAAUCUACGUACAACUUUUUAGUUGUAGGUAGAUCUGAUACAGUAUAUUGAGUGAUGCAGAUCAGCAUUCUAUGGGCUCCUGGACCUCUUGAAAGUACUACCCCCUCAGCAGGGUCUUCUUUUUGCCCUGGUAAAUUAUGUGAGAACUAAAUUCAGACCACCAAAUGCCCAUAAAUUCCAGGGGAAAUUUCCCACGGUGGGAAAGCAUCAUUUUAGAAGGGACACGUGUGUGAAAGCCUGUGAAGUCCGAUUUUUCGAGAGAAAAAAAAAAAAGUCAAAAGUAAAAGCUUGAUGGCGGGUAAGGCGUGAUCGGCGCAGCCCAGCCGUCAUGACCGAAUGCUUCCUGCCGCCCAGCAGCAGCCCCGCCGAGCAGCGGCGGGCGGAGCACCCGGGUGGCGUGGCGCGCACCCCCAGCUCCGAGGAGAUCAGCCCGACCAAGUUUCCCGGGUUGUACCGCACAGGUGACCCGUCGUCGCCACAUGAUGGCCUCCACCACGAGGCGCCCGACGCGUAUGUGUCAGACGAUGACAAAGAGCACAGCAAGAAGAAGAACAAGUUCAAGAAGAAGGAGAAGCGCACGGAAGGAUACGCCGCCUUCCAGGAGGACAGCUCAGCCGAUGAGGCCGAAAGUCCGUCCAAGAUGAAGCGCUCCAAAGGCAUCCACGUGUUCAAGAAGCCCAGCUUCUCCAAGAAGAAGGAGAAGGACUUCAAGGUGAAGGAGAAGGGCCCCAAGGAGGCCAAGGACAAGAAGUCCAAGGACCUGACGGCCGCCGACGUGGUCAAGCAGUGGAAGGAAAAGAAAAAGAAGAAGAAGCCCACAGCUACCGCCGCCCCCACCGCCGAUGUGGAGAUGGUGCCAGCGGAGAUGCCCGCAUUCAGGCCCAUCUUCGGUGCCCCCCUGGCGGAGGCGGUGAAGCGGACUGCGCUAUACGAUGGUAUCCAACUGCCCGCAAUCUUCAGGGAGUGUGUCGACUACAUCGAGAAUUACGGCAUGAAGUGUGAGGGCAUCUACCGCGUUUCAGGUAUGAAGUCCAAAGUGGAUGAGCUCAAGGCGGCGUAUGACCGAGAGGAGUGCCCGUGCCUGGAGGAGUACGACCCUCACACGGUGGCCAGCCUCCUCAAGCAGUACCUGCGCGAGCUGCCCGACAACCUGCUGGGCCGAGACCUGGCGCAGCGCUUCGAGGACGCGUGCGGCCGGCAAGCGGACGCCGACAAGGUGAGCGAGUUCCAGCGGCUGCUGGCCGAGGCGCCGCCCGAGAGCUGCCUCCUGCUCUGCUGGCUGGUCACCCACAUGGACCACGUCAUCGCCAGGGAGGCCGACACCAAGAUGAACAUCCAGAACAUCUCCAUUGUCCUCAACCCCACCAUACAGAUCGGAAACCGGGUCCUCUACAUGUUCUUCACACACGUAAAGGAUCUGUUCGGCGACGUGGUCCUGAGGCAGGUGGUGCGUCCCCUCCGCUGGUCCAACAUGGCCACCAUGCCGGCACUACCCGAGACCCAGGACAACAUCAAAGAGGAGAUCAGACGACAGGAGUUCUUGCUCAACUGCCUGCACAGGGACCUGCAGGCCGGUGUGAAGGAUUUGUCCAAAGAGGAGCGCUUGUGGGAGGUCCAGAGAAUCCUCACCGCUCUCAAGCGCAAGCUGAGGGAGGCCAAGCGACAAGAGUGCGAGACCAAGAUUGCGCAAGAGAUUGCCAGCCUGUCCAAGGAGGAUGUUUCCAAAGAAGAGAUGACUGAGAACGAAGAGGAAGUGGUUAACCUCUUACUGGCUCAGGAGAAUGAGAUCCUGACAGAGCAAGAGGAGUUGAUCUCUCUGGAACAAGUAUUGCGCCGACAGAUUGCCGCCGAGAAGGAGGAGAUCGAGAGGCUGCGGGCGGAGAUUGCAGACAUCCAGAGUCGUCAGCAGGGCCGCAGCGAAACCGAGGAGUAUUCGUCAGAGAGUGAGAGCGAGAGCGAGGACGAGGAGGAGCUGCAGAUGAUCCUGGAGGACCUUCAGAAGCAAAACGAGGAGCUGGAGAACAAGAACACCCACCUGAACCAGGCCAUCCAUGAGGAGCAGGAGGCUAUCUUGGAGCUGCGUGUCCAGCUGCGCCUGCUGCAGAACCACAAGUUGCAGCAUGAGCUCACCGCGCAGUCGGCGCCCCCUCCACCACCACCACCACCACCACCACCACCACCACCAGCCGAGCAAGCCGUGCCCACGCAGCCCAGCCCGGAGGCCCGAGGUGGGGGCGAGGAGCAGGCCAAGGUCACGGACAGCAGCAGCGCCGCCUCUGCCUCAGUCACGGCGCCCGCCGGAAAGACAGUCAAGGAUCCUCCCAAACCGUCACUGAGCAAAGAAAGGCGGGAUGGCAACAUGUGAGGCAAAGAUAAAAGAAAGGCGUUCCGUCACUUAAAAUAAUAUUUUUUUUACAUCAUUGCCUCAUCUUACGGCGACAUUGACUAAAUAAUUACAGAUCUAAAAAGUCCUCGUGGUGGCCUUUAAUAUGAUGUGUUAAUAUGGCAUGAGUUGAUGAGGUUUGCGGAGAAAUUGUUUUGACAAGGUUAUUGAUAAACGUUGCCAUUUUCAAGCAAAAGAAUUUUGCAUUUUUUUUCAUCAUUCUGCUUAUUGGAAGCAUACUCGCUAAUUAAUUACAGAGCUGGAAAGGGCUUGCUCAGUCCUUUAAUAUGAUGUUUGAGUCUGACGUAUGUUGCAAAUUGAUUUUUGACUUGGUUAGUCAUUUUCAAGACGAAAAAUAUUUUCAUCAUGCUUUUGUCUUACGUGACAUAUCGACUUAAUAAUUACAGAUCUGGAAGGCCUUCGUUGAUACCUUUAAUUUGAUGUGUGAGUCGUUGACGCAUAUUUUUAAAAUCAUUUCAUCUUAUGACAUACUGACUAAAUAAUCACAGAUCUGGAAAGCACUUGUCAAGACCUUGAGUUGAUAGGGUUUUAAUUGGUUUCGAACCUGCGGUCUGUGAGCAAUAUGUGUCCGCCUGUGCAACUCUGAUGAUAAUGAAACCACAAAGCCCACAAAUACUUAUGUAUAAUACUGUAUUCAGUCAUCAUAUAUUUUCAUAAAUUCAUGUCGACAUUACACUGUGCCAAAAUGAAGACUGGUUGAACAAAAAAUAAAUAAAAAAUGCUCUUUGAAUACGUACGAUGGCUUUAAAUAUUUAAAUUGUAUACUUGGAUUUAAAUGAAGUGUUCUCGUAAUAUAUAAAUUAUGUAGAAAUAUAUUGUCGAUAACGAACGGCAGGAAGGAGUGUUACUGUCCAAUCAUCUCCAUGGUAAUUGUGAUGAUUUCUCGUUUUUUUUUUUUUAAACUCUCAUUUUCUCUUAUGGUUAUUAGUUGCAGGCAUGGGUGUGAUCUUUCACAUUUCAUGCUCACCCCCAGCCCCAAUGUUAUUUUUUUAAAUCUACGCAUUAAUUGAUUUAUGCUUCUAGUCUCAUGAUCUAACAUGUUGUUAUUAAUAACCCUGUGACUGAAACACUUAUAUGCUGUGAGGAAUAAAGUAAGUGUCCGUUUUGA